UGGCUCGCAUUAUCCCACGGCUGUCGAUCAAGUUGAGCCAAGCUUCCGUGCGUAGUGUGUGGAGGUUUCACACCACCGAUACCUAGACACCUGUCUAUCCGUGGCCGUGAGAUGCGAGGCUCAGAAAGACAAACCUGCCCCUGCCGCUUGAGUUUCCCCGCCGUUUCCGAUACAUUCCUACCCUUAGCUCUCGACUCUGACAACAAAAAUACCUUUUUCGUCCUGCCAACCUAAACGACCUGAAGCUAGUAGUCUACACCAACCACGACACACUCCACCGCUUCUCGUUCCUCUCAAUCCUCUAUUUCAGUCCUCCGGGAUACCGCAGUUCUCUAGUCGCCAUCUUUGCCAUCGCGACGUCGAUCGUUGCUGGCGUUACCUCGUUCCCGGGGGGAAACAAUGACACUCCGACGCCUUUUAGUGGCUGCCAACGCCGCGGUCGUUGCAGCCCAGGUCCCUUCCAUCAGCCCCGAGAAUGAAGUACCGCCAUGGGCCGCCGAUUCAACCAUGCAGCUGUCCCUCUCUUCAACAGGAGGCGACGUCUUGCCCCUUGACUACACAGUCAUACCAUCUACUGAAAACCUCGGCUUGAACCAGUCAGAAGUCGUUCGCGGGGCCAUAAGAAUCGAGGGCGUCAUGGUUGUCGCCAAUCCGAGUAAUUACUAUCUCAUCAACGGCUCGUCUCAGAUCGCCUACCUGUCGUGCGACGUGGACGAGUCCAUGGGCGCAACGACGCCCGAUAUAAUGCUCAUCGACUUGAUGGAGAAUCGACCAAAGGCGAUUGUUCUGUAUAGUACUGUAGAAAACUGGUGUCACCUGUCGGGCUCGGAUCUUCCCUAUCGGAGCAUCUUCACCAUGGCCGAUGCCGGAGAUGCUUCCCAAGCUUUUGAGAUCCUCAAUAAUACGAACGAGGCCGAUUCUAUUCAGGUUACCAUCACCGGGAAUGCCACUUCUAAUGGCUCAAAAAGGAGAGAGUCUAACGGCAAUGACUCGGCAAUCGCCAUGAGCAUUCUCUACAGCAUCACGGGUCUUAUCACCCUGCUCUUCUUGGUCAUCAUAGCGGCCGGUGCCAUCCGCGCCCACCGAUACCCCGAACGGUACGGCCCACGCAGCGGCCACGGCGGCCGACCGCGGCAAAGUCGCGCAAAGGGCCUCGCUCGUGCCGUGCUCGAGACCCUUCCCAUCGUCAAAUUCGGCGCUCCCGAACCAGCCAAACCCGACCCCAAUCUGGAAUUGGAAAGUGCCUCGAUCGAUCAUCCAAUGCGGAAUCGAGCGACGGAUGCUGGUGCCACCGGGGCGGAGGAAAGGGACGAGGAAGACAGACGGGAAGCAGUCGCUCAGGGGCGUGCGAUCGACGGCGAGCCUGGUGCCGCGAUGGCUAGGCAUGAUUCGGCAGCUGGCCGCCCUGGUGGCAAUACGGCCGACAGUCAGACCAUUGGGUGUUCGAUCUGCACCGACGACUUCAAACUGGGAGAAGACGUCAGGGUACUACCUUGCAGUCACAAAUUCCACCCUCCGUGCAUCGAUCCUUGGCUGAUUAAUGUGUCGGGGACAUGUCCCCUCUGGUACGCUUUACCCUCUUUCGCGGUCCAAUUUUCUUUUUCUUCCUUUUCCUUUUCUGUGUGACCCUUCCUUCCCUUUACUGACGGCCCCCCUCAGUCGGCUCGACCUUCGGCCAAGAAACAAAGAUGGAUCCGGGGACGAGGCACGAGACGACACGGC